AUGACCGCCGAACCCACCAGCCCCGAGCCGGCUGUGGUGGCUAACCUGCCCGGCCGGUCCAUGUUGGUUCUUUACGGCUCGGAGACCGGCAAUGCUCAGGACAUUGCUGAAGAAAUCGGUCGCAACGCCCAGCGUCUGCAUUUCAGGACGAAGGUUGAUGAAAUGAACGGGGCCCACUUGAGCAUGUUACUCCAAUAUUCGCUGGUCGUCUUCGUCAUAUCAACGACGGGCCAGGGAGAUAUGCCCCGCAACUCGAUUGCCUUUUGGAAAAGCCUUCUGAGGAAGAAGCUACCACCAGGCUGCCUUGGUGCGGUCAAGUUUACGACCUUUGGACUUGGCGAUAGCCUGUACAUCAAAUUUAACUGGGCUGCUAGGAAGCUGCAUAAGCGGCUAGAGCAACUAGGUGCCGUGGAAUGUUAUCCACGUGGUGAAGCAGACGAGCAAGACUCGGAUGGAGCGGACGAGAGAUACAUGCCCUGGGCUGCAGACUUGCAAAAGAGGUUACUCGAGCUGUAUCCUCUUCCAGAAAGCGUCUCUCCCGUCCCAGACGGCGCUCUUCUACCCCCGAGAUACACGGUCGAGCUAGCCACGAGCUCAGAGACACUACAAAACGGAACUUUAAGCAACAGCUUCGAGCACAAAACGAACGGGCAUGUGGUAGAGACCGAAGGCGAUGACCAGCCCAGCGGAACUUCUCUCAACCCAGACACAGCAGCCGCUAUCGAGGAUCUGACACAUGCGACCGAUGCAAUGACUUUUGCCGGGCCUUCGCCAACGGUAGACGAGCUCGCAUCUGAAAAUCAGACUCCCCCAACAACUCUCCUACCCAUCCCUAGCGGCCAUGCUGCUUCUCUCGAAGUCAAUAAACGAGUGACGCCCACGACACACUUUCAAGACGUCCGCCUCGUCCAACUCGCCCUCGACCCAUCCCCCACCGGACCUCCUACAAUAAACCCCUUUGAUAGCCUGACGAUUUACCCAAAGAACUUCCCCCACGACGUUCAAAAGCUCAUAGAUCUCAUGCAAUGGAACCCCAUCGCAGACCUUCCCCUAACAUUCACCUCCUCUUCUUCUAAAGGCACCGAUCUCCCCCGUGGCCUCUACAUCAACCACGACCGCCCGACGACCCUCCGCGACUUGCUCACGCACAACCUCGACAUCACCUGCACCCCGCGCCGCAGCUUCCUCAAAGAAAUGUACUACUUCUCCGACGAUGAAUACCACAAGCAGCGACUCCUCGAGUUCACCAUGCGAGAGUACACGGACGAGUUCUUCGACUACACCACCAGGCCCCGGCGCACCAUUCUCGAGGUCCUCGAGGAGUUCACCUCCGUCCGGAUACCCCUGAGCCGCGUCCUCGACAUGUUCCCCGUCAUGCGCGGCCGGGACUUUAGCAUAGCCAGCAUUGCCCAUCAAACUAGCCUCCCGCCAUCUCAAGAGACGACGAUGACUACAAUAGGAACGAAGACGAGCAUAACCCUCCUGAUAGCCCUCGUCAAAUACAAGACCAUCCUCCGCAAAAUCCGUCAGGGCCUCUGCUCCCGCUACCUCGAGUCCCUGACCUCACCGGGAACCCCUCUCCGCAUAACCCUCAACCGCAGCUCCGCAUCCCUCCACGGACCCGUCCACGCCCGCCGCCCCCUCUGCGCCAUCGCAACCGGUACCGGCGUCGCGCCCCUCCGCCUCUUCAUCGAAGAACGCCUCUCCCACCUCGCCUCAGCCGUGAGCGUCGGCGAUACCGCCGUCUUCUUCGGCAGCCGUAGCAGAGAAGCAGAUUUCCACUUUAGCGACGUCUGGGAGAACCUCAAGACGAGGUAUACCCUACCUUCUUUCACUCCUACUACCGAUGCUACCACUCCUGCUAUCGACGACACCGCCUCACCCGCAAGCAGACCCAAAUUCGACGUCUUCACAGCCUUUUCCCGCGACAAGUCUACCCCGCGCGCCUACGUUCAGGACGUGAUCCGCCAACACCCAGAGGCCGUCCGCGCCAUGGUCGCUUCAGACGCCAUCUUCGUCGUCUGCGGCGGCAGCCUAAAGAUGUCGCGUGCAGUAAAGGAGGCCGUCAAGGAUUGUUUGCGGGGCGACCCGGCCGCGGCGGUGAAGUCCCCGGACGACACGGCCGUGGAGGCUGCUUUUGCUAGGUUGACUUGGUGGGAGGAGAUUUGGUAG